AGGCGAGGCGCGGCCGCGGAGCUGCGCAGCUGCGGGCCGCGGCCAUGCCCAAGCGGGGCUGCCCCUUCGCGGACGCGGCCCCGCUGCAGCUCAAGGUGCGUGUGGGCCGGAGGGAGCUGAGUCGCGGCGUGUGCGCCGAGCGCCUCACGCGGGAGAUCUUCGAAAAGACCACGCAGCUCCUCUUCCGCGGGGCCCAGGCCUGCAUGGACCCCGCGUGGGAGGAAGGCUGCGCCAUCGUCGACACUCCGGAGUCGCCGAAGCCUGGCCCCACAGAAGCCCCUCGGGCUGCGCGCGGGCAGAUGCUGAUCGGGCCCGACGGCCGACUGACCAGGAGUCGAGCCCAGGCCUCCGAGGCUGACCCGGCCAUGGCAGCACCGGGAGCCUGCGCGUCGUGUGUGCGGGCCGCGGACGGGAAGGCGGCGUGCGGCCAGUGCGAGCGGGCCCUGUGCGGGCGCUGCGUGCACACCUGCUGCGGCUGUGGGGCAGUGGCCUGCGCGCUGUGUGCCCUCGUGGACUGCAGUGACCUCCACGAGAAAGUGCUGUGCGCCAGCUGCGCCAUGUUCGAGGCCUGAGGCCGGGAGAGGACGGCAGCCCUGCCUGGACGACCUCACCGCCGUCCACGCUGAGGGACUGGGGGGAGGGGCGGGAGGGGACAGCCUUUCUAUUUUGUAUUUUGUCCUCCUGACCACAGAAGAGAAUAAACCCUUUAUAUUUGGACAA